CCUCAUCCAUGUGGCAGAUGUUUCAUGCAUAGACCCACUGGCCGGCAAUUUUCAUUACAUCUAACGAGUAUCUGAUAUUAUUUAGUUCUUAAUAAUUCUUAAUAGAACAGUACGAAGAGGUACCUGAUAGCAGUCUGGCUGUCCUGCUGCUCAAGAAUUGUCCGAUACCACACGUUGGGGCAAGGCCAGCCAGGAGCAUCAAGACCUGGUCACAUGACAGAGGGGCUUGACCAUUUCUGGCUUGUCUUUCCAUGUGACCAACGCAACGACACAGACCACUGAGCUUCUUUAUGGUUGCCGGCCCGUGGUCGGUAAUUUGUUUGUGGUCUGUAUUGAGGAGUAUAGGUGCAUCAUCUCCCGGGAAAGAUGUCCAACGGCAUAUGUGCCGUGUAACUAAAUUUAGCGCGAUAUUCAACAUUGCUGCAAAUUCGUGUGUUGUAGUUGAUAAAAAUUUGCUGUGAUAGCAAGAUACAGACAUUACUGCUUUAUUCUUUGAUUGGGAGUCGAAAGAGAAAUGGGGGAGACUUGGGUUAGUGCUCCUCUUUUAGAAGAAAGCAGAAUAAAAAUAGAGGCGGCCGACGAGGGAAGCAAAGAUUCUUUUUCUGCUGCUCGAGAUAAUCUCUUCCUAAAGUUUCCUGCCUCCUCUAAAUCAAAUUACGACGCACUGGAUAUUCAUUACUUGAAAGAAAAAUCUAAAGGAGAGAAAGAUUACUAUGAGAAGCAACUUGCAACCUUGAAGUCAUUUGAGGAGGUUGACUCAUUGUGUGGAGAAAUUCAUAUUGAUGAAGAUAAGGAACUCAAAGAGGAACAACAACAUGAAUUCGCUGUGAAUAUAUCAAAUAUUGCCAAUGUCUUUUUGUUAGCCUUUAAGAUAUAUGCAACAGUGAAGAGUGGAUCCAUAGCUAUUGCAGCAUCAACAUUGGACUCCUUACUAGAUCUUAUUGCAGGUGGAAUCCUCUGGUUUACGCAUUUGUCAAUGAAGAACAUAAACAUCUAUAAGUAUCCAAUUGGAAAACUUCGUGUGCAGCCUGUUGGGAUUAUUAUAUUUGCUGCAAUAAUGGCAACCCUUGGGUUCCAAGUUCUCGUUGAAGCUGUUCGACAGUUGAUUGAAGACAUGCCAUCGGACAAGAUGACACAUUCACAGUUAGAGUGGCUAUAUGUUAUUAUGAUUUCAGCAAUUGUGGUGAAGUUAGCUCUUUGGCUUUAUUGUCGAAAAUCUGGAAGUGAGAUUGUCAGAGCCUAUGCAAAGGAUCACUACUUUGAUGUUGUGACCAAUGUUGUUGGUUUAGCUGCAGCAGUUCUAGGUGACAUGUUUUUCUGGGGGAUAGACCCAGCAGGUGCAAUUGUUCUUGCAGUUUAUACUAUAUUCAAUUGGUCUAUCACCGUUUUUGAAAAUGCAGCAUCCCUGGUUGGACAAACUGCACCUCCUGAAAUGCUACAGAAAUUGACAUACAUGGUUCUUAGGCAUGACAAUCAAAUCAAGCGCGUGGAUACAGUCCGGGCAUACACAUUUGGUGUCUUAUAUUUUGUAGAGGUGGACAUAGAAUUAGCAGAGGAUUUGCCACUGAAAGUAGCUCACACAAUAGGAGAGACAUUGCAAAUCAAGAUUGAAAGUCUACCAGAAGUUGAGCGUGCAUUUGUUCAUCUUGAUUUUGAGUGUGAUCACAAGCCAGAACAUUCGGUCUUGAAUAAGUUACCCUCCACCCAGCCAUAGCACCCUGUUGGAUUUUGUGCGACCUUGAAUCAGUGUUAUGUGCAUCCAAUGCCUUUAUGCCUUUACUGUACAAUUAUAUAUAGUCACAGAAGUUAAACUCGAUAGACUAAUCUCAUUCAGUUGUUUAGUAGGCGAUUCUUAUGUUUCCCUGCAAUUCAAGAACAGAGAUUAAAUUGGAAAUUCGAGACGGGAGGUUGAGGUUGGCGUGUUCUUCUACCAAAUGGCCUUUUUUCUUUGUUCAAAAUGCCAAGUUUUGUUGAGUAUAUCAUAAGAAAUAACUGAACUUUUCAUAAGCAAUGACAGUUUCUUGUACUUUAGCGGAAGCCGCAUGCUGGGUGUUUCUUGACAGCAUUUUGUCUUUGUUAUGAACCAGAUAAGUUUCAAUUUUUAUUCGCUAGCUUACAAAUAAAUGUUUAUAUAACAUUUUGUUUUCAGAUUUGCAAUAAUGUUUUGGGUAAAGAUUCUCAUCUUGAAUAAAACAUCUCUGUUCUGAACC